UAAAACCUAUAACCUUUCAAUAUUAAUAACUAAAACUUACCUUCCCAUUAAAAAAUAAUCGUAAUAUAACAGAUAGGUAUAAAAGCUUAUUACGAUUUAACUUCGUCGUGGUAUUACUCCACGUGCAUGGUGCUAAUCACUAACGUUAGACGUUGACCAAACCAAACUAGGGGCCACUUAACCUAUUUUUAACUGUCAGGGUACCCGGUACUCUUCAUAUUAUAAUAGGUUACUUAGAAAAAUGGAUGAAGAUGAUGAUAUUCCAAGUUUGUCGGCGGAAACUUUCGCAGCAUUACAAGAAUUCUAUGCCGAACAAGACAAACGUCAAGAAAUACUAAACAAGUUGGAAGCUGACAAAAAAUUGAAUGAAAAUAUUAUAUUUGAAGAAAACUGGCAACUAAGCCAGUUUUGGUAUAAUGAAGCCACAAUACAAGCCCUUGUCCAAGUAAUUGAGAAAUCUGUUCCCAACGGUGGAAAGGUUGCAUUAAUAUCAUGCCCCACAUUAUUUGUACCAGCCAAAAGACAUAUGGGAAAUAGAAUUAGCUUAUCACUUUUGGAAUAUGACAGAAGAUUUGAAGUUCAUGCACCAGAUUAUAUUUUCUAUGAUUAUAAUACACCAGAUAGGUUACCACAAGGUUUAGAACACACAUAUGACUUGGUUAUUGCAGAUCCACCAUUCCUGGCUGAGGAAUGUAUUCAAAAAACUUCAGAAACAAUAAAAUUAUUAUCUAAAGAUAAGAUUGUAGUCUGUACAGGUACAAUUAUGAAAGAAAAUGUAGAAAAACUAUUGAAUUUAAAAAUUUGUGAAUUUGAACCACAACACAGGAAUAAUCUAGCCAAUGAAUUUUCAUGUUAUGCUAACUUUGAUUUGGAUGCCAUUUUAAGAUAAACUAUAGGCACAAUAAUAUACAGCACAAUUUGUGUUCAAAAUAUCUAUUGUAUAUAUCAAUUACAGACAAUUCUGAGUAACUACUCAGAAUUGAUUUAGAAGAAUUGAUAACCUAGU